UGCAUAUAAAAUUCACUCAAGUGCUGCCUGAUCAGCUCAACUCUCUAUUGGUGCUUCGUUGUGCGGCCGCGCGAGAGCUACCGAAAUGAGCCAGAGCCAGAGCCCGAGCCCGGUGGUGAAGCUGGGGACGUGGGGCGGCGAUGACGGGGUCGCCCACGACAUCACGGUGGCGCCGCAACGGCUGGAGAGCAUCACCAUCCGCUGGGGCAAGGUCCUCGACUCCGUCGGCUUCACCUACAUGGACAAGGACAAGCAGCUGCACACCGCCGGGCCCUGGGGCGGCGCCGGAGGGGAAAAGGAAGACCCGGACACGAUCACCCUGGGGCCGUCGGAGUACAUAACUCAAGUCGACUGGUCGGUGGGUCCGUUCAAGCUCAAGGAGAUCGAGCACUGCAUCACCUCCAUCAAGUUUGUGACCAACCAGGCCACCUACGGCCCGUUCGGGCACGCGGUGGACAGCACGCACUACAGCCUGCCCGUGCUCAACAACGGCAGCGUCGUCGGCAUGUUCGGCCGCGCCGGAGACUACCUCCACGCCAUCGGCUUCUAUGUCCUCCCCUUCUAAUUUACAACUACCCAUGUCUGCUAUCAGAGAUGAGUCUGGCAUCUAAAAAAAGUGUUGCCCCCCGCUUUAUAUUAUAAAGCAACGAUGAUCUCGCAUCUCGAGUUCCCAUGUUCAUUGGUCCCAUCCAUUGUUCAGCAUGUAAAUUGGACCAGAAUACAUCUUAUAUUUUGAGAUA